AUGUCCUUACAGUCGCUCCUUGCUAUUUUCUGUCUUAUAAUGGGUAGCUACUCUCAAGAGACAGCUACCACGGCUCCACUACCAGAGGAAGAUCCGGCAAACUUCGAAAGUCAAGAUGCAACAAGGGUUCACUGGGUGUCAGGAAAGCAAUGGGUCAAGUGGAGAACGUACACUGCGCCGACGCCACGAGGAGGGUAUAAGUGUGAAUACGCUCGAAUUGUUGGUGUUGUUGACGGUGAGGGACAGAAAAACUACACCUUGGAAGUAGGAGGCAGAUAUCAAGAAGCGUGGAUACGUGUAAACCAAACUUUGGUUUUAAAAAAGUCCGGCAAUCAUCCUCAACCAAACGUGAUGCAGUUUCAACGAAACCCAGAUGAUGGACUACAAGAACACAAGCUUCUCUACUCUGAUUAUGACAGCUGUUCAAUAAUAAGAAUAACAAGAAAAACUGAAGGACUCUUCUGUGACCUGCUACUGUUUCAAGAUGCUGCAGACGCGAAACCGCCAAGUCCUUGCAAAGAAAAGUUUAAGGAAUAUUGCCCAGGAGACAAGGUUGAAGUUUACAGUCCUGAAUGUAGGACCCAACAAUAA